AUGGAGUCCAGCAGCGGCGCCGAGACUAAAGAGGCUGCCUGUGGCGUCACAGAGGAGACUAAACAGGACACUGCAGCAGCAGCUCGGACUGCGCCCGUCCUGGAUGAGAUCCGCCUGGUGGUGCUGGGCUGGAGGUGGCCUGGGAAGAGCCUCACGGGGAACACGAUCCUGGGCAGAGAGGACUUCAGACUGGAGCGGGCUGCAGAGUUCUGUGUGACCAGACAGACGGAGGUGAAGGGGAGGCAGGUCACUGUCGUGGACACUCCGGGCUGGUUCUCUGCUCAGGACACUCCUCCCUCCUACAAACAGGAGUUAGUUAAAGGGGCCACCCUCUGCCCCCCUGGGCCACAUGCCUUCCUCCUGGUCAUCCCAGUGGGAAUGUUCACAGACAUAGACCGGGCCCGCAUUGAGGAACACGUGAGUCUUUUUGGUGAAAAUGUCUGGAGACAUACUAUUGUGGUGUUCCCCUGGGUGGAAGCCCUCAGGAAAAUCACUAUCGAGCGCUACAUUCGGAGAGAGGGCCAGAACCUUCAGUGGGUGGUGGACAAGUGCAAGAAGAGAUACUUCAUCAUUAAUAACUGUGUAUUUGGAGAGCAUCCUCAGGUGGGCCGCCUGAUGGAGGGGGUGGAGCGGCUGGUGGCUGAAGAAGGUGGCCACUUUGUCCCACAAGAAAUAGUCGAGGAAAAGAAAGUAAAGGAUGACAAUAAAAACCCAGAGAGAGACGUUCGGGAGCUCGGGGCGCGGCCCAAACAGAACUCUGGGUUGUCUCUGUCGAAAGCAGUGGAAGUGGAACCUGUUUCCAGUGAGUACGUGUAA